AUGGUGGCCCGCAUGGGCGGAGACAGGACGGGUCGUACAAGACACCCAGCCGUGCCCGAAGGAGCUACGAAACCUCGGUGGGCGGCGCCGCAGCGGGGGAGAACAAGGAGAACAGCCAGGUCGGGACCGGGUUGGUGGGCGGAAGGAAGAAGAGGGAGGGUGUGGGCGUUUCAGAUGCAAAGAAGCAGCUUUCGGGUCAGAAGCGAGCGGGAGGAGAUACCGGCGUCGAGAAGAAGAAGUUGUCCUCCGGAAGCUACUUCCAGGCUCUGA